CAGCUCUAGCCAAUCAAUCCUUUUCACAUUGUUUUGAAUUCUGAAGCGUCUGCUAUUAUUGUUUGUUUAUAAAUCCAUUGAAUGGUCUGUAAAAUGUGUUAGCAAUCUGUUCGAUUAUAAAGAUGUAGCGAUUAGUCAUGGCUAUUUUUAUUCAUGAAGAAUUUUUAGAUCAAAUGGAAAACAAAUAUGUCUAAAAAGCUUGUUGAUAAAAGAAGCGUUGAUGUUUUCAAUUUGGAAUUUUUGAAUGAACAUGUUAAUAAAGAAAGAACACAAUGGAACUCUAGUUCAAGUAAUGAAGAAUCAUUUUUGGACUCCAGAUCUGAAGUUUUGUGGUCCAGAGAAAAAAAUGAGCUAUUUUCAGAAAAUGACUUUUUUAGAGGUUUUUGUGAGAGUUUUUCGGACUUAACAGAACGAAGUAAUAGCUCUUGCUCUUGGCACAAUGAUGAUUUUGACAUGAAUUCAAGCAUUAAAGUAAAAUUAUCUUUAGACGCAAUAGAGGAUGCACUGUAUGAACAAAAACAGUCAAAUUUAAUCAGCAAAACAGUUUUUCAAGAAUGUUGUGAAUGGGCAAAGAAAUUUUCUUAUUUUAGAUUGAAAGGAGAACAAAUAGUUAAACCUGUUGAUGACAAAGCUGAAUUAUACUCAGUUGAAGAAAAUGGAAAAUCUUAUCAUGAAAAUUCAACAUCUGGUUUACAAAUUCAAGGUGUUAAAAUGGCUAUUCAUGCAAGUGAAAAGCACUUGAUUAAAGCACACUGUGUCAAUGACUUUGAUAACUUGGAAGAAGAACAGGAUUACUUUAAAGAAAACUUUGAUGGUGAUGAAGAAGAAUGUUUUGCAUUAGAUAAUAGAAUUGCAUAUGAGCAAAUUUCUCCACCUCCUUUUUUAAAAAGUGAAAUACCAAGUAUCCAAUCUGUUGAAACAGUGCAAGAAAAAAUCGUCGAAAAAAUAGCUUUUGAAAUUUGGCCUAAGGUGCUUGGAAUUCUACAGAAAACAAAAAGUUCCCAUGUACCUGAUAUUUUUGAAGAUUUCCAACUGCCACCCAUAGUUACAGCUCUACAGCAGAGGAAGAUUCCACAACAUAGACCGAAGACUGAAGGAACCGAUCUGUCAGUGAGUGAUUUUCCCAAACUGAGCAGCAUUUUGACUAUAACUCCAAAAAUUUUGCAAAACAAACAAGACUAUGUAAGUAGAUCUUCAAGACCUAAUUCAGAAAUUCAUUUGUCUCGCAGAAAUUACACAGUUCCUAUCCCAAGAAGAAAAAACGAAUCUUCAAAAGUGUAUUCUAAUGUUUCUAAAUUCAAUAAAUAUCAACAAACCACCAUUUCUAGUUCAAAACAAAUUGUAAAAGGAGAAACAGAUUACUUAAGCACAUCUUCACUGUUACCAGCAUUAGAAGAGGAUGCUCCAGAUACUUCUGUUAUAUUAAGGGGAUUCAGUCUGGAACCAGAAUUUAAAAAUAUAUCAUCUACUAAAUGUGAAACUAUACAUCUUUCAAAAAAAUCGGAAUGCUUCCUUCCACCAAUUGAGAGAAAAAGUCCUGUACCUGCAAAUGUAAAAUUAACUAGAAAUUUAUUUACAUUCUUUGGAACACCUUUAAAAUUUGAUAAGCAUGAAGGAAAUGUAUCUGCAAUUCAGCCUACUUCAAGACCUUGUACCAGUGUGUCAAGAAAGAGUACAAAGUUUUCUGGAAAUGUGAAUAUUAAACAAAAUGAUGGGCAUUCUUCAAUUAAAAAAACUAGUUUAACAGACAUGAAGACAGUAACUGAAAAUAAUCCAUGCAAGCAAGUUACUUUGUUUCCUAUUGUUACAUCACUGACAACUGAAAAAGAGAGAAACCUCACUAGUGCUAAAAGAGGUCUCCUCAAUACAUUUGUCAGUGGAAAGAAAAGAUGACAGUACUUUGCAGAAAUUUCAGCAAAAUGUAUAUAUGUUAAGAAAAUCUAUUUUCAUAUUAAUGCCUCCUAUGGAGGGAAUUUUUUGUUAUGGGAGAGAAUAAACAUUACUUUUGAAUUUUU